GUGCCAGCUCCCGGCAGGUUGGGCAAUGACCGUUGGAGGGGGGAGUUUGUCUCUGACUGUGGCCAUCCAUAAUCUAUGUGGCCGAAAAGUUGUUUGAGAAACUCACAGCCUGUUGAAGAUCUGGAACUGACGAAACGACGGUUUGGGCGCGCGUUUUGGGUGGUUAUGAAUAUUUCGUGGGCUAUCAGCGGAACAGAGUGUGAGCUCCAGAAACCGAACAUGACUGAAAAUGGACUUGGGAACCGGGUGCUUAACAUGGACACCAUGAACCCGAAUGUAAAGCGGGUUGAGUAUGCUGUCCGUGGUCCAAUCGUGCAACGUGCAUUGCAGAUUGAAAAGGAGCUCAAAGAGGGGGUUGAGAAGCCUUUUACAGAGGUCAUCAAGGCCAACAUUGGUGAUGCGCAUGCUAUGGGCCAGAAACCAAUCACAUUUCUCCGACAGGUUGUAGCGCUCUGCGCCUACCCAGAUCUCCUAGAAGACGACAAGUUCCCAGAGGACGCUAAAAAUAGAGCACGGCGCAUCCUUCAGGCCUGUGGAGGGGGAAGUAUAGGUGCAUACAGUGCUAGUCCAGGCAUUGAGAUCAUACGACAGGAUGUGGCUAAAUAUAUUGAGAAGCGGGACGGUGGCAUCCCCAGUAACCCCGACAGCAUCUACCUCUCCACCGGGGCCAGUGAUGCCAUAGUGACCAUGCUAAAGUUGUUGACGUCAGGCGAGGGGAAGAACCGUACAGGGGUGAUGAUCUCCAUCCCUCAGUACCCCCUCUACUCUGCUGCUCUGGCUGAGCUGGCGGCUGUCCAGAUCAGCUACUACCUGGACGAGGACAAGUGCUGGAGCCUGGACGUCAAUGAGCUGAGGAGGGCUGUGAAGGCAGCCAGGGAGCACUGUAACCCCCGCGCCCUCUGCAUUAUCAACCCUGGCAACCCCACAGGUCAGGUCCAGAGCAGGCAGUGCAUUGAAGAUGUGAUUAGAUUCGCUGCUGAGGAGCACCUUUUCCUGAUGGCUGAUGAGGUGUACCAGGAUAAUGUGUAUGCGGAGGGUUGCCAGUUCCACUCCUUUAAGAAGGUUCUGUUUGAGAUGGGACCAGAGUACUCCAGUGUUGUGGAGCUGGUCUCCUUCCACUCCACCUCCAAAUGCUUCAUGGGAGAGUGUGGUUUCAGAGGAGGGUACAUGGAGGUGGUUAACAUGGACCCUGAGGUGAAGUUGCAGCUGACUAAGCUGGUGUCUGUGCGGCUGUGCCCCCCCAUCCCUGGGCAGGCCCUACUGGACCUGGUGGUCAAUCCCCCUCAGCCUGACGAGCCUUCCUAUGCCACCUUCAUCAAGGAGCGUACUGCCAACCUGGAUAUCCUGGCUGAGAAGGCCAAGAUGACAGAGCAGGUCCUCAACACGGUCCCAGGGAUCCACUGUAACCCUGUCCAGGGAGCCAUGUACACCUUCCCCCGCCUCUCACUGCCAGAGAAAGCCAUCAACGCGGCCAAGGAGAAAGGCCAGGCUCCAGACAUGUUCUACUGUAUGAAGCUGCUGGAGGAGACUGGUAUCUGCCUGGUUCCAGGUAGUGGCUUCGGGCAGAGAGAUGGAACCUACCAUUUCAGGAUGACCAUCUUACCUGCAACUGAAAAGCUGAAGGUUGUAUUGGAAAAGAUCAGGGAGUUUCAUAAGCGGUUCACAGAGGAGUUCUCAUAACCCCACUCCUCUUCCCAGUCUGGUCUGUAACAAAACCCCACUCCUCUUCCCAGUCUGGUCUGUAACAAAACCCCACUCCUCUUCCCAGUCUGGUCUGUAACAAAACCCCACUCCUCUUCCCAGUCUGGUCUGUAACAAAACCCCACUCCUCUUCCCAGUCUGGUCUGUAACAAAACCCCACUCCUCUUCCCAGUCUGGUCUGUAACAAAACCCCACUCCUCUUCCCAGUCUGGUCUGUAACAAAACCCCACUCCUCUUCCCAGUCUGGUCUGUAACAAAACCCCACUCCUCUUCCCAGUCUGGUCUGUAACAAAACCCCACUCCUCUUCCCAGUCUGGUCUGUAACAAAACCCCACUCCUCUUCCCAGUCUGGUCUGUAACAAAACCCCACUCCUCUUCCCAGUCUGGUCUGUAACAAAACCCCACUCCUCUUCCCAGUCUGGUCUGUAACAAAACCCCACUCCUCUUCCCAGUCUGGUCUGUAACAAAACCCCACUCCUCUUCCCAGUCUGGUCUGUAACAAAACCCCACUCCUCUUCCCAGUCUGGUCUGUAACAAAACCCCACUCCUCUUCCCAGUCUGGUCCGUAACAAAACCCCACUCCUCUUCCCAGUCUGGUCCGUAACAAAACCCCACUCCUCUUCCCAGUCUGGUCUGUAACAAAACCCCACUCCUCUUCCCAGUCUGGUCUGUAACAAAACCCCACUCCUCUUCCCAGUCUGGUCCGUAACAAAACCCCACUCCUCUUCCCAGUCUGGUCUGUAACAAAACCCCACUCCUCUUCCCAGUCCGGUCUGUAACAAAACCCCACCCCUCUUCUCAGUCCGGUCCAGUCUGAAACAAAACCCCACCCCUCUUCCCAGUCUGGUCUGUAACAAAACCCCACUCCUCUUCCCAGUCUGGUCUGUAACAAAACCCCACUCCUCUUCCCAGUCUGGUCUGUAACAAAACCCCACCCCUCUUCCCAGUCCGGUCCAGUCUGUAACAAAACCCCACCCCUCUUCCCAGUCCGGUCCAGUCUGUAAGAAAACCCCACCCAUCUUCCUAGUCUGGUCCGUAACAAAACCCCACCCAUCUUCCUAGUCUGGUCCGUAACAAAACCCCACCCCUCUUCCCAGUCCGGUCCGGUCCGUAACAAAACCCCACCCAUCUUCCUAGUCCGGUCCGUAACAAAACCCCACCCCUCUUCCCAGUCCGGUCCAGUCUGUAAUAAAACCCCACCCCUCUUCCCAGUCUGGUCUGUAACAAAAUCCCACCCCUCUUCCCAGUCUGGUCUGUAACAAAAUCCCACCCAUCUUCCUAGUCCGGUCCGUAACAAAACCCCACCCCUCUUUCCAGUCCGGUCUGUAACAAAACCCCACCCCUCUUCCCAGUCCGGUCCGGUCUGUAACAAAACCCCACCCCUCUUCCCAGUCCGGUCCGGUCUGUAACAAAACCCCACCCCUCUUCCCAGUCCGGUCCGGUCCGUAACAAAACCCCACCCCUCUUUCCAGUCCGGUCUGUAACAAAACCCCACCCCUCUUCCCAGUCCGGUCCGGUCUGUAACAAAACCCCACCCCUAUUCCCAGUCUGGUCUGUUAGAAAACCCCACCCAUCUUCCUAGUCUGGUCCGUAACAAAACCCCACCCGUCUUCCUAGUCCGGUCCGUAA